CUUUCCUCUACGUCCUAUCUUGCUGCCAACUUCACUCUAAAGCGCAUGAGUAGUAUUGCCAAGCGAACUGCUGUCCAGUCAGCGCCCCCUCGAAUGUCAUAACGAAUUAUUGCGUCAAAUGGUGACCAUCGAGGAUAACCCUCUGAUUAAGCUCAAAUCAUCACUUACCUGAGCUCUACGCUUCAGUCUACCUGAGAUCCAUAUCCCUCCUUCCGUAUUUUGAAUCGCGUAAUGGCCAUUGCAUGGUUCCUUCAGUCGAUCCCCCAUAGGACCUAGAUCUGAUUUGGGAAGCUCGAUGAGAACCUUGUGAACCUCGUCUAAGAGGCCAUGGUCUUACCUUGUUGUGGUAGUUGUAGGAUGUUGCCGUUAACCGCGAUAUUCUCAUGGCUUGAGGAGUUCAAGAGCCGUGAGAAAUGCCUAUAUAAACCGUUGUGGUCGCUCAAGUUUAUGGUAUCUGAAAUAAUCCACCAACCCUAACUCAUAGUCCUCCAUCUUUUCCACCUGAUCCAUUACUCAUCAUGGCUAGCCUUCGUCGCCUUGCGCUCUUCUUUGGAGCUUUGCUCCCUGCUGCCUUUGCUGCCCCUACUCCGGCUGCUCAGCAGAAGCGAGAAGUUGUCCCCAACAAGUACAUCAUCACGCUUAAGGAGGGCGUCACCUCCGAGGACUUCAAGUCCCACGUGAACUGGGCUCGUGAUGUCCAUGCUCGCAGCUUGGGCAAGCGUGACACCACCGGUGUCUCUCACGAAUACCAGAUCGCCAGCUUCAACGCCUACGCCGGCGAGUUUGACGAGGCCACUCUUGAGCAGAUUAAGAGCAGCCCUGAUGUUGCUGAGAUUGAGGAAGACCAAGUCUGGUACCUCUACGAUGAGACUCCUGAGGUCUCCAAGAGAGCUCUUACCACACAAACUGGAGCUACCUGGGGUCUCGGCACCGUUUCCCACCGCACUAGUGGCUCUACCUCGUACAUCUACGACAGCGCCGCUGGCAGUGGCACUUACGCCUACAUCAUAGACACUGGUAUUCUAGCUACGCACCAACAGUUCAGCGGUCGUGCCUCGCUCGGCUACAACGCAGUUGGCGGCAGCGAUGCUGAUGCUGUCGGCCACGGAACCCACGUUGCGGGUACUAUUGGAGGCUCUACCUAUGGUGUCGCCAAGCAAGCCAACAUUGUCGCCGUCAAGGUGUUCCAGGGAACUAGCAGCACCACCGCGAUCAUUUUGGACGGAUACAACUGGGCCGUCAACGAUAUCACCACCAAGGGCCGCGCUAGCGUUUCUGCUGUCAGCUUGUCGCUAGGUGGUGGCUUCUCAUCUGCCUUCAACAGCGCCGUCAACUCUGCCUACAGCUCUGGUGUCCUCUCCGUCGUCGCCGCCGGAAACAGCGCCACUGAUGCUGGCAACACAUCCCCUGCCUCUGCUGCUAACGCGAUCACUGUCGGUGCUAUCGACUCUUCCUGGCGUAUUGCCUCCUACAGCAACUACGGAAGCGUUGUAGACGUGUUUGCCCCCGGUACCGAUGUCCUCUCUUCCUGGAUCGGCGGCAACACUGCCACCAACACCAUCUCCGGCACCUCGAUGGCCACCCCUCACGUCACCGGUCUUUCACUCUACCUGAUCUCGGUUGAGGGUCUUACCACCCCUGCUGCGAUCACCAGCCGCAUCAAGGCUCUCUACACCACUGGCAAGCUCACUGGCAUCCCCAGUGGCACCGUCAACGCUGUUAUAUACAACGGAAACGGCGCAUAAAGACUGGGUCGAGCGACAACUAUUUCAGAUGGAAACAGCGAUAGCGACUAAUGAAGGGUUGAUAAUCUUGCCAGGAUUGGAUAUACUGCUACGCCGUCAGGAAUGGUUGGUUAUGAUGUUAGGGAUUGGUGAUGGAACUCACCACGCGAUGAAUGAAAGUCAUGUCAUACGAGUGCUAUUCUAGAAGCCCUGUUCCUAAUUAUACAAUUAUCUGGCUUCUGGAACUUGUCUAAUCCUCCUCGCUUCGUGUGCAUCCCUACCUAAGUACCUACCUAACCUAAACUCUUGGCCCCUUAAAAAAAUCCUUCGUAGAU